AUGGCCUACAAGAUCGCGGUGAUCGGAGAUGUGAACGGCCAGUUUCCGGCCGUUUUCCAGAAGCUGGGUGCACUUCACGCGAAGAACAAUUUCUCCUUCGCACUUAUAGUUGGAAAUCUCUUCGCAAGCCCGUCCGACGCAACCAAGGAGGAUGAGACGAACGUGCGUAAUCUCAUUAGUGGCAAGGUCGACGUGCCCCUCACCACAUACUUCGCUCUAGGCAGCAAUGCGUUUCCCCAGACCGUCGUGGAAAAGCUUGAAUCGUCAGAUGAUGAGCUAUGCCACAAUCUCCAUUUCCUUGGAAAGCGAACGACUAUGAAAACCUCUGAAGGAAUACGCAUUGUGGCACUGGGCGGCCGGCUUGAUCCCAACAUCAUUGCAGGACAGUCCAUGGACAAGUAUCCUCCGUUCUACAGCGAGACAGAUGCCAAGAUUCUCCGGGGAGCCACUACUGCCGAUAUUCUUGUCACGAACGAAUGGCCCGCGGGGGUUCGAAGCCGUUCUAAUGCCAGCUUCAAUGCUGACGUGCCACCCCAAGAACAAGAAUGCAUCGCCGACCUCGAUGUCAUGCUGAAACCCCGCUAUCACUUCUCGACCUCCGGCUCCACCUUCUACGAGCGAGAGCCCUUCUUCCAUGUGCCGAGUGAGGAGACUGACGGACUCUAUCCAGUCACCCGCUUCAUCAGUCUCGCAUCGUACGGAAACAUCGCCAAGCAAAAGUGGAUAUACGCCUUUUCACUGGAUCCCAGCGCAAGCCAUCCCAUCUCGCCGCCUUCCGGAUCCACCAUUUGUCCCAUGACACACCCAGACAACAAGAAGCGGCAAGCUCCAGAGCAACGUGAGCAAGCCCUUGUCUACGAUGACGGGCGCCGCGGGGGUCGCAGGCCUCACAAGCGGCGCAAGGGCGAGCACAAAGGCCCGAUCUCAGCUUCGGAGUGCUUCUUCUGCCUUGCGAAUGAAAAUAUCGCAACGCACCUUGUGACAUCCAUUGGCGAGAACUCAUAUCUGACAACCGCUAGGGGACCUCUCUCAAAUUCACAGACGUUCCCCAAAUUGGGUUUUCCUUGUCAUCUUCUCAUCAUACCCUUCACGCAUCAACCUACCCUCGGCUCUAUGGAAGAAGAGGAUCGUCAUGCAACUUAUGCAGAGAUGCAGAAGUACCAUGCUUCGGUGAACAAGAUGGUGAAGUCGCUUGCAGGAGAAGAGUAUGGCUCUGUAACAUGGGAAGUCAGCAAAUCCAGCCUACCGCACACACACUGGCAAUACAUGCCCGUGCCCGCCGAUCUCAUUCGCAAGGGUCUGCUAGAGGCAGCCUUCAAAGCUUUGGCGGAGAAUCUUCACUGGCCCAAGUUUACUAAAGAAGAUGUGGGUGACGGGUUUGAAGAGACGAGCGACUAUUUUCGAGUUCUGAUCUGGGAUCCCAGGAAUGACGCUGAGAAGCAAACCAGCCUCAUUCUUCGCUUCGACGAGAAAAUACGAUUCCAUCUCCAGUUUGGCCGAGAAGUGCUUGCCAAGCUACUGCGACUCGAUAGUCGCGUAGACUGGCGAGAUUGUGGGCAGACGCAGGCAGAGGAGGAGCAGGAUGUGGCCAACUUCAAGAAGGCAUUCCAGGAGUUCGACUUUGCAGCUGAUUAG